CCUCCUACGAUAUGCACGCCUUCACAGCAAUCAUCUUCACUUGAUGCUUGUUUGUGGGUCUUACAGCCGCCACUUCUUUCUUCAAUAAAGUAAUCCCUCGUUUACAGAGGGGGGUAGGAAUGCGUUACAUUUACUCAAGUAACAUUUCGGAUAAAUUGGACUUGUCAGAGUAGUUUUAAUGCAUCAUAGUUUUUACUUUUACUUGAGUAUGUUGAGAAGCCUCCAUCAUCAUCCGGGAGGGGCUCAGAGUGAUCAACAUGCCCCUUGCUACUUUCAUUUAUCAUUAAUUGAGUGAGAAAUCCAUUUUUAGACUUUCUUUUUCAACUGAUGAUCUAUUAUUUUUUAACACAGCCCCAUGCCAGUUAUAAGAUAGAGUGCAUCCUUGUGCAACCAGAUUUAUUUUAUUUAAACUUUCACCAGGUAAAAGACCAGUUAAAACAUUACAUCUCUUUUGCAAUGGCGACUUGGCGAAGAAGGGAGCAAGUUAAACGUCAAGUCCAAGUCAAAUUUCAGUUGUUUAUUUUCACCUCCCCUCUCAAAAAGAUACAAAAAUCAAUCAGUUGAGUUGUACAAAUUCCGGGUCACAUUAAUGGUGGAGAAAGUUUUAAAAUGAUUUAUCUUGGUCAAAAUUAUUUUGCAUCACAAAAACCUGCCAUUUGAACAGGGGUGUGUAGACCUUUUAUAUCCACUGCAGCCUCGUUCCUGUUUUUGUAAUCUGCCUGGUGAGCCUAUAGUAUUGUGCUUUUUAACAAACAGAAACAAUGUAGUAUAAGAGCAUUUAUUAGAGCUGAAUUUUCCUGUUAUUUUACGAAGAUUUUAUUUUAUAAAGAUAUUAUUUAUAAUGUUUUAGAUGAGGCCUCCACAGUGGAAGACUGGUUAGCACAUCUACCUCACAGUUCUGAGGACUCGGGUUCAAAUCCGGCCUCGCCUGUGUGGAAGUUGCAUGCUCUCCCCCUGCCUGCAUGGGUUUUCUCCAGUUAUAUGUGCCCUGCAAAUGGGAGGCGACCAGUUCAGUGUGUACCCCCGUCUCUCGCCCAGAGUCAGCUGGGAUAGGCUCCAGCACGCCCGCGACCCUAGUGAGGAUAAGCGGUACGGAAAAUUAAUGUUUUAGAUGAAGUGAUAUUGUUCAGUAAUGUCUGAAUUUGCACAUUCGUAUUUUAUUUUGUUAUUUUUAUUUUAUUUGACAUUCAUGCUCUGAUUUAAAAAAAUAAAUCAGAAGUUACUCACUAGUUACUCAGUACUAGAGUAGGUUUUUCACUUCACAGUACUUUAUUAAUCUUACCCAAGUAAUUAUUUGUAGGACUACUUUUUAAUUUUAUUUGAGUCAUAUAAUUCUAAAGUAGCAGAACUCUACACACCUCUGCUCGUUUAUCGCGUGGGUUUAGGUUCAGGACAUCCACUGCAAUAGGUGAAAUCAGUCCAAUGGCGACUACAAUUCUUUUUAUUUAUACAUAUUUUAACGCUGCAUGAACCUCCCAUACUCUUAUUGAUCUUCCCCACACUCCUAUUAAUGUCUACCAUACUCUUAUAAACACUUUCUAUAGUCUUAAAAACCUUUUUAAAUCUUAAAUAUACAGUAAUGCACAGUAGUCCUGCACACUAUACUGUAUAGUAUCCAAUAGUAUAGUAUACUACACUGUAAUAAGGGUUUUUAAUGUUUUUUUUUAUUUAAUAUUUUUAUUGAUUUAUUUAUUUACAGUUUUAAUGUUUUAGGCUGUGAAGUGUUUAUUUUAUCAAGAAAGGAAUUUGAGCAUACACCCAAAACACUAUGAUAUGGCUAAUUAUGCGCGAUAUGAAUAUGAAAAAAAAUCCACAAUGCACUGAAUCAGCAAUAGGUGAACUGCAAUAUAGCGAGAGAAAAUUAUAACUGAAAAACAUUCAAUUGUGUUGCGAUCAGGUUUGGCCAGCCAUGAAGUUGGCGUGAGGCACCGCACAUUUCCACGGUCAUUUCACUCUUGAUACAUCUGAACUUUGCCGUGAAAAAGAACGUACGCACCUUUUGUACAUGAGGCCUCUGGAUAUUUUUGUGCAUUUGACGUUUUCUGGAUUUGAGCGUACGCCUGGUUUCAGUAGGAAAUCCACUUAUCUUUGUACAUGAGGCCCCAGGUGAGGAAAGACAAACCUGUGGGAGCCAUCCACACUGAGAGAUGCUGCCGCCCGCAGCCACAGAGGAUGCCGCUGCAGAGACCCGGAGGAAUCCGAAUCAGAUGCCCCAGCCACCUCAUCUGGCUCCGCUCGAUGUGAAGGAGCAGCGGCUCUAGUCUGAGAUCCUCCCGGAUGACCGAGCUUCUCACACUAUCUCUAAGGGAGAGCCCGGACACCCUGCGGAGGAAACUCAUUUUGGCCGCUUGUAUCCGGGAUCUUGUUCUUUCGGUCACGACACGCAGCUCGUGACCAUAGUCCUUCAUAUGACUGGAUGCGUAAACUGACGCAGCGUAAAAAGCAGGUGAAGAAAGGCAAAGCUUCGCUGUUGUUUGAUCAUCUUAAACCUAUGGAGCUGGCAGAACAUCUGACUUUUUUGGAGUUUAAAUCCAUCAGGAGAAUAUCGUUCCUAGAUUACAAGAACUAUGUGAUCCAUGGUUGCUUGGUGGACAAUCCGACACUGGAACGCUCCAUUGCUUUGUUCAAUGGAAUUUCACAGUGGGUCCAACUCAUGGUGUUAAGCAAGCUGACACCUCCAACCCGGGCAGAGGUUAUCACCAAAUACAUCCAUGUGGCUCAGAAACUUCUGCAGCUGCAGAACUUCAACACUUUAAUGGCAGUGGUGGGAGGGCUGAGCCACAGCUCAAUUUCUCGUCUGAAGGAUACACAAUCUUAUCUGUCUGCAGAUGUAGUGAAGAUGUGGCGUGAGAUGACAGAACUGGUCUCUUCCAACAAUAACUACUCCUACUACCGCAAGGCCUUCAAUGACUCUCAAGGCUUUAAAAUCCCCAUCCUGGGUGUGCACCUGAAGGACCUCAUAGCCAUGCAUGUGGUCUUUCCAGACUGGGUGGAAGACAGCAACAAGAUGAACCUAGUGAAGAUGCAGCAGCUCUACAUGACUUUCAAUGAGCUGGUGUCACUGCAGAGUGCAGUGGCCCAAGUGGAGCCCAACAUGGACCUAAUAUACCUGCUAACGCUUUCUUUAGAUCUUUACUACACUGAGGAUGAGAUUUAUGAGUUGUCAUUACUUCGGGAACCACGUAAUCCUAAAUCACUGCCGACCUCUCCCACAACUCCCAACAAGCCCCUUGUACCACUGGACUGGGCCUCAAGUGUCACUACCAAACCAGACCCCUCUGUGGUUAAUAAACAUAUCAGGAAAGUGGUUGAUUCGGUGUUCAGGAACUAUGACCCUGACCACGAUGGUUAUAUUUCUCAAGAAGAUUUUGAAAACAUUGCUGCUAACUUUCCCUUCCUGGACUCGUUCUGCGUUUUGGACAAAGAUCAGGAUGGCCUGAUCAGUAAAGAUGAGAUGAUAGCGUAUUUCCUUCGAGCAAACCCGCUGCUCCAGUGUAAAAUGGGUCCAGGAUUCCUCCAUAACUUCCAGGAAAUGACGUAUCUGAAGCCCACCUUCUGUGAACACUGUGCCGGAUUUCUCUGGGGGAUUAUCAAGCAGGGCUACAAGUGCAAAGACUGUGGUGUCAACUGCCAUAAACAAUGUCGGGAGCUGUUGGUUUUGGCUUGCAGAAAGCUGCUGCGCUCUGGUUCCCUCGGGUGUGUGACCCCUGACAGACUGGCACACAGCUCGCUGCCCAACAGCCCCGCGAUGAACACCUGUUCAGACAAGGACGAGGUGUUUGAGUUCCCUGCUGUGACAUCAGCAAGUCCUAUUCGGGAUGCAAAAAGCAUCACUCUGAUGACUGGUUCAGCUCAGAGGAUCUCUGUCCGCCUGCAGAGGGCCACGAUCAGCCAGGCCACUCAGACUGAACCUCUGUGGUCGGAACACAGCUGGAGGACCACAGACAGUGGCUCCCACACCUUUCCCAAAACGAAAAACCGGACUCACAGAGAGAGCUGUAAAAAUAAAGUUUUUCCCUCAUGGGAAAACCAGGACAACAGGCGGCAGGAGACAGGUUUGGUACAGUGCAGCGGUCCCACUCUGGAGAAGAAUGGUGGCGUUGGAGAACUUGUGCAGAUCACAGAUCGCAGGAUCACAUGCAGAGGGAAGGACAGCUGACUUGGUAACAGAUGUGUAAAACGCCAGUCUCAGGGGUCCAGAAAGCCCCUCAUGGCUGGGCCCAGGAAGUUCUUCUGUCUGGGAAGGUGCAUGGCUCUUUGACUUCCCUAUUUCACUGAGGGGGUGUCAGCAUGUUCUCUCUGGGCUCCAGCAAGGACCACAAAAAAUGCUAACGCCCGGUUUGUUCAAGAACAAGGCAACGCGAUGUGUAACGAACCCCAAAAGAGGAGCACAGUGGGUAGGAGUGGUCCCUCUUUGUAUAUAACCACACCCCCAACUUGGGGACCAGAGGCUGAUGGAACUUCAUUCGGAGUGUUCGCCAGAUGACACAACAAUGUCAUCACGAGAGCAAAACAUUUUUAUGUGAUGGUUGCAAUCUUCUUUAUCGCACCAAUCUUAAUCCAGUUCAGAAACAGUAUGUGACUUUUGGAUGAACAUUUGGAAAGACAAUACAAUAGGUGCUUGCAUGUGAAUUUUGAAGUGACAAUUAAAGGGAACGUCGAGAUAAAAGGGGCUCAAUGGAAUUUUUUAGCAGGGAAGAUUCUCCAGUGGGAUGGAAUAGAACAAGGAAAUUCUGUGUGAGUUACCUCUAUUAUUUAAGUAUAAAGCAUUUGGCAACUACGAUGUUUAACCCUCAUAUAAUUAUCCAUUAAAAGGUUUAGUGAAGAGCAGAUGGUGUAUGCAACAUCAGCUCUGGAAAAAAAUACCAAUAAAACCUAAUUUUUAUAGUAGUAGUCAUUUUAGGGUCUGGUUCAUUACUUUGCUAAGAGGGAGGUACAGCUAACAUUUUGGGUGACCUGUCACCACACAUUUGACUAAGGUAACACGAGAUGUGGCAAUCUAAUGUAAUUAAGAAUAGAACAGAAAUGAGUUCCACCACAGGUUCUGUUUGGUUACUUGUUUGCUUUUUAAAAACAAACUGGGCAAAAUAUUUUACUUAAAUUGUCUCAACUCUAAGAAUGCUAAUUUUUCAAAAACGGCUAAAAUUAAUUACAAGUCAGCAUUUGGAAACACUAUUACUAAUCUUUUUUUUUUCCAUGCAGAAAAUUAUAUUUUAAGGUUUACAGAUUUAAUUGGUGUGGUGUAACAUUUAUAAUAUUCAUAUACUUAGUCGAACAUGCGCAAUGUUCACCUUGUCAGAUUAAUCUGACAUGGAGACAAUGAACAACAGAUUGCUCAGACAGGAAGGGAUAAAGAUCAGAUAAAACCUUGUGCGUUAUUCAUGAAGAGAGGGAGUGAUAUACUAAAGAGGGAACUGUGUUUCCUCCCAUCACAAAGAUCUUAAAAGAAAUAAGAUAGAAGUAGGCCAACAUAAACUAGUACAGUCAGAACUAUGUGAAGAACAAUUUCACUUGUUGCGAUUUGUGAAAUGCCUGCACCUACCUCAUGUAAUGCAACGCUUUAGUAUUAUAGACAAUUUAAGCACUCGCAAAACAAGUUCAGUAACAUGGAAACACACACACAAUUUUCAUACGACUGCUGCUGAAAUGGAAA